GGCCGCUGCCCGCGGCGGUUGCGAGUGGUACUUCGGAGCCGGGCUGGCCCGGGCUGGCCGUGGCCAUGAACUUCUCGGAGUCAUUCAAGCUCUCGGGCCUGCUCUGCAGGUUCUCCCCGGACGGCAAGUACCUGGCUUCCUGUGUCCAGUACCGGUUAGUGGUCCGGGAUGUGACGACCCUUCAGAUCCUUCAGUUGUAUACAUGCGUGGACCAGAUCCAGCACAUAGAGUGGUCUGCAGAUUCCCUCUUCAUCCUGUGUGCCAUGUACAGGCGGGGGCUUGUGCAGGUCUGGUCACUCGAGCAGCCAGAAUGGCACUGCAAGAUCGACGAGGGCUCUGCGGGGCUGGUCGCUUCCUGCUGGAGUCCAGAUGGCCGCCACAUCCUGAACACAACGGAAUUUCACCUGCGAAUCACUGUCUGGUCCCUGUGCACCAAAUCUGUAUCUUACAUCAAGUAUCCCAAGGCCUGCCAGCAGGGACUAACUUUCACCAGGGAUGGCCGCUACCUGGCCUUAGCAGAGAGGCGGGACUGCAGGGACUAUGUCAGCAUCUUUGUGUGCAGUGACUGGCAGCUCCUCCGGCACUUUGACACAGACACGCAGGAUCUCACAGGGAUCGAGUGGGCCCCGAAUGGCUGUGUACUGGCCGCGUGGGACACCUGCUUGGAGUACAAGGUUCUGCUGUACUCCUUGGACGGCCGCCUGCUGUCAGCAUACUGUGCCUAUGAAUGGUCCCUGGGCAUCAAGUCUGUGGCUUGGAGUCCCAGCAGUCAGUUCCUGGCCAUUGGGAGCUACGAUGGAAAGGUGCGCCUCCUAAAUCACGUGACCUGGAAGAUGAUAACUGAGUUUGGGCAUCCUGCAACCAUUAAUAAUCCCAAGACAGUUGUGUAUAAGGAAGCUGAGAAGAUCCCACUGCUGGGGUUGGGCCACCUGUCCUUCCCACCGCCCCGAGCAAUGGCUGGUGCCCUCUCUACCUCAGAGAGCAAAUAUGAGAUCGCCUCGGGACCAGUUUCCUUGCAGACUCUGAAGCCAGUAGCUGACAGAGCGAACCCGAGGAUGGGUGUAGGGAUGCUGGCUUUCAGCUCUGACAGCUACUUCCUGGCAUCAAGAAAUGACAAUAUCCCCAAUGCUGUCUGGAUCUGGGACAUUCAAAAGCUGAAGCUGUUUGUGGUACUAGAGCAUAUGUCUCCAGUGCGCUCAUUUCAGUGGGACCCACAGCAGCCAAGGCUGGCCAUCUGCACAGGAGGAAGCAAGGUGUACCUGUGGUCCCCAGCAGGCUGUGUGUCUGUGCAGGUACCUGGGGAAGACUCAAGGGCAAAUUCAAUCUUUACCCUGUGAAUGGGAUGAUCAGACCCUAAAGUGGAAUGUGACAUGUGGCCUAGUUUCAAUAAAGGCUAGACCUGAUGGCCCACCCUCCUCCUGAAGCCAGCACUGUGGUUCGUCAAUAUGUCCAAGCCCACAAGAGGGCGCCAUGCCAACAGUCCAGUUCCUGCAGAUAUCCUGAGGUUCUUAACAACACAUUUAAGGCAGUUGCAGCUAAAUUCCAAAGUAACUAAAAGGAACUGGGUAGAUUAAUCUCUAAAUUAAUUUGGAACAAUGACCAAGAAUUGCCAUUAUAAGACCAACAAGAUUCCUCAGCAGGUAAAAGUGACUGUUGACAAGCCUAAUGACCUGGGUUUGACCCCCGUGGCACACGUCAUAGAGGAAAAGGACCAGUUCCAUCAAGUUGUCCUCUGAUCCCUACACGUGCACAGCGGCACAUGUGAUACCCAAUAAAUGAAUGAGUCUAAUAAAAAAUUUAAAAGUAUCUGCAGGGAAAACCAAGUGACGGACUUCUCAGACCUAUGGAUACAGCUAUGUAAAGCCAAUACCCAGAGCUAUCGUGAAGGUCUCAGUGGCCAGCUCUUGGCUCUGUCUUGUUCCAGCAAGGAAGGACAACUGAUACAACAAUUCUAGAUCCAAUCACUGAAAACACCCAGAAGCGGUGCUGCAUGUGUUGAGAUAGGAGAGAAUAUGAUAUCAGUAGUAUCCAGGUGACCAGCUAGCCAUUCAUCCUCUCCCUGAAUAGCAGACACAGGGAUGGACUCCGAAUGAGAGAAAUACAUACAACAGAUUGAACAACAGAGCAAGCAGCCACCUUCCUGAGCCAAGUGCUUUAUGUAUUUUCACAGGCAUGUUUACAUGAGGACAUUAUCAUGCAAGUACUUGAUGAACCUGGAGCAUGCUCUCCCCCUCGACUCACCCCUGCACUUAUUUCUGAGUGAUGGGGAGACAAGCCGGGUGCACACCUCGUGGAAUUGAGCUGCCUCAUUGACCAUGCUGUGACUGUCACUCCAGCCCAUGAGACAAUUUGAAAUAAUCAUGUCCAACCAGCUGUCGUAAUUUGUUAGCUGUAAAAUGCAAUAUGCUUGCUGUGAGUUACAGAACUGUGUUAAAUACAUUGUCGUUUGA